GGUUUGUUCGCUGCCCGGGUUCUUCACAAGGAGUAUGGUGUCAAGGUUGUUGUUCUUGAGGCAAGAGACCGCGUUGGCGGGCGUACUUUUACUGAAACGGUGAGAUGAAAAAACGUGCUAGACAUAUUCCAUCACCUUUAUCCUUCUAUACAUUCUAUGUUGAUUCAUCAGCUCUGCAACUCUCUCCCGAUCCCCCUAAUUUCUUCUCUCUACCGUCGCCUGUAAGACCUCCUACUGCUAUAAGUUUUUCCAGAGGGCAAGCUCUUGUGUUUUAGGUUUCGCCUUAACCCUUUGCUCCCUUCACCAUCAGCUGCAGCUUACCAUAUUUAUUUGAUUUAACGUCACAGCAUUUAUUAAAUUUUUCUUGAUUCAAGUGCGCUAUUUAUUUGAGGGCAGCAUUUACAGGAGGGUGGCAUUUAUUCAAAAUCCACUUUAUUUCUUGCAAACAGUGGUAUGGUAACAGACCAUUUUAAUUUUAAAAAACAGAAACAUGUUUUAGUGCUUGUCUGAAAAGUCAUUUUAUAUAUCAUUCUCAAUUUCACAAUUUGCAUGUUAAUUCUACUGCAAUACAUAAAGUGAAUAAAAAUCUAAUGUCGGAUAUUCUUUCUCAACGUUAGAACUGGUAAAUUCAAAAGGAUUUGUGCCUGGUUUACUCAAAAUUUCUAACUGCAAUUGAAGCAAUGAUGGUUCCGAAAUUGCGUGAUUCUGAAACAGGAUUGCAGAAUAUGUAAAUCAACUCCGACCAGAAGUGAACUUAAAUCAGUUAUGUUACAUCUACCUUUCUUUCAAAAGAAAAGAACAGAAUAAAAUGAACAAAAUUGAAACAAAAGAAAUCAAACAAAAGCAAAGAAAUCAACGUAAUUUCACAGUCCUAUUCCAACCAUAAAAUAUUAUAGAAAAACUUGUCAUGUCUGUUACUUAACUGGACUCAAGGUUCUAGGGGUUUAUAUAGUGCAUAGGUGGUUUUGCUACACAUUGAUGAUGAUCUAUGGUCUUGGGAUGAUUAUUUUCUCCAGUUUGCUGAAGGGUGUUGACUCUUAUGUGGGCCUGAGGUGUCUCCUGUCUUGUCAUAUCUUGUCCUUGGAUGAACAGCUAGUCUACUGAGGGUAACACUCUAUACUCACCACUGCCUCCAGUCUUUCAUCACCUGGAAUUUUCCAAGCUUCUUUUUUUAAUCUUGGUCAGGUGGAGGGAGGUAUUGAGUACAUACUGUAUUAACUCUUUCACUCCCAACAUCUCCUUAAUGUUUGCAUAAAAUUGUUAUAUUGUUAUUUUGGAGAGUUUGAUAUUGGAUCAACUAAUAAUCCCCUAAAUAGUAUUUUUCAUUAUUCUCAUCACAUUUCCACUUGAUGUUGUAUUGAUUAUGUGGGGAGAAAUUCGUUCUUGAUUACUUGUGGGAGUGAAAGGGUCAAGCCUCAUUUUUAUGCACCUGAGGAACUGGCCAAUUGGUUUGAGUAUGGCAGUCUUAAUCCUUUCACUCCCAAGAUCUAAUUAGUAAUUCUCCUUACUAAUUUUGCCAUACUAAAUUCUUAUGAUGUUAGUUCAGAGAAUUUGGUAUCGGAUCUACUAAUAAUCCCAUAAUUCAUAUUCUUCUUUAUUCUCAUUACAUACCUGCUUGAUAUUGUAUUGAUAUUGUAAGGAGAAAUUCUGCCUUAAUAUGAUGUGGAGUGGGGUUUACAAGCCCCAGGUCUAUUCAUUAUACUGGCAUCCUCUUUUGUUCUUUUUAUUCUGUGAAAGAAGAGCUCCUAAGUAAUUGAGUUUACUUAUAUCUGACUCAAUAACUCACUUAUCAGAAUGGCGCUAAAAUUGUCAACAGACAUAAAUACUGGUAUAUUAUUCUACUUUCAUAGUAUAUCACAGAAAAGUCCUGCACAUUGGUAGAAGCACUCUCAAUCUUUUGAUUUUAGGACCCCAGUUUUGGUUACUGUGAUUUGGGUGGAGCCUAUGUAUGUGAAACUCAGACCAGACUGCUGAAACUUGCCCAGGAGCUAGGAGUAGAAACGUAUCAAGUUUACAGUCAGGGACAAUCUGUGGAACAUUACUUGGUAAAUAAGAUGUAUUUUUGA